GUUCAAUAUCUUGCCUUAAUACAGUUGCGAUAUUUUGAAUUACUAUUUUUUCCGCGAGAUCAUAUGUAGUAUUAUUAGUCUUUUCUUCAUAACAACUUUUAUAUAAAUUUAGUUGAUUUGUAGGCCAAGAACCAGAUUGUCGAUGAUGAAUCAUCCACAAAAUGGCUCUCCAGCAUUAGAUAUGAAAAGAAUUGAAGCUGCAAAAGCUAAUCGUCAGUUGCAGCUUGAAAACUGGAGGAAUUAUGAGCGACAGAUGCAAGCAUCAGAAAAACAUUCAAAGAAAAAUCAACCUCGUAAAUCAAAUAAUUUAAAAGUUAAAUUUACCGAUGACUGCGUUCUACUUGAUGCUACUCUUCGUGGAGAUUAUGAGGAAGUUGAAUAUUUGCUUUCACAUGGAAUAAAUCCAAAUAUAUCUAAUGUCGACGGACUGACAGCUUUACAUCAAGCAUGUAUAGAUAAUGAUAACGCUUUAUGCAAUCUUUUGCUUGACUAUGGUGCGAACGUGAAUGCACGCGAUGCAGAUCUGUGGACACCUUUGCAUGCUGCUUCUACAUGUGGUUAUUUACAAAUCUGCCAGUUGUUAAUCAAACGUGGUUCAGAUUUGAUGGCUUGUAAUGCCGAUGGAUUAAUUCCCUAUGAUAUAUGUGAUGAUGAAAAAACAUCAGAGUUUCUUCAAAGUCAAAUGCAAAAGUUUGGUAUAACACCUAAAGAUAUCGAAGAAGCCCGUGCUGCACCAGAAAUGCAAAUGCUCUCAGAUCUCAAAGCAGCGCGUUCAAAAGGAUACAAUUUAAACAUACUAGACAUACAAGGUGCUGCUCCAAUUCAUAUUGCUGCAUCUUGUGGAUAUUGUGAGGUUGGCCUCUUUUUACUCCACUCUGGUGUAGAUCCUAACAGUUUAGACGCGGAUGGAUGGACACCUUCUCAUGUUGCUGCUUGCUGGGGUGAAUUGGAAAUGGUCAGGAUACUUGUGUCCCAUGGAGGUGAUCUUACUAUACCAACGCCAGAUGGUAGAACAGCAUUCACAAUAUGUGAUAAUGACGAAACUCAUGAUGAAGUCUGCGCGAUAUGGAAUAUAAGAGAAAAACUUAGAUCAUGUGCCAAAUUAAUGGAUUCAAAUGCUUCUGCCAAACCCUUUCGACGCAGAAGAAGUGGAUCUUUAAUUCAUCGGAGCUCACUCAGAGAUAAGUCAAAUUUAUCAAGACGUGAAGCGAAAGAAGAAGCUCAGUUAGCUUACUCAUCUUCAAUAUGUUUAACUGAUGUACCAUCUGGUUACGAAAAAGAUGACCAAACCCGACAUGAAAAUUUCGACAUUAUUACAGACGAUAGAAAUAUUUUGCACACUUCUGCCGUUUUCAAAAACAGUAAUCUAACUAGUUCACCGAAACCAAAAAAACAAAAGUCACUAAUAUCUAAUCAAAUUGAUGACAGAAAACGUGAUUCACGUUUUUCUAUUUCACUGAAUUCAGAUGAUUAUGAAUGCACAUCAGAAGAAUACGCACAUUCUGUUGAUAAUACUAAGCGUAAUUCUCAGAUAAAGGAAUUGAAAGUUAGAAAUGAUUUCCCCAAUCAACGGGAGAUUACAAUUUUAUCGACUCCUGACACUGAUUUAAAGAGUAAAUAUACUAAUCGUCAAACAACGACCAUGGAAAAACGUAGUCAUAAUGAAUCAAUGUGUUCUUCUAAUGAUUCUAACUCGAUCAUUCAGUCAAAUAGUUUGAAAUAUUUGACAGACAGAGAGGUUCAUAUUAAUAGUACGAAUUAUCCAUACAAGAACACUUUCUCUAGCGAACUGUCAUUACCGCAAUAUAUUGAUCAAGAUAGAAUAACUAACAAUUCUCAGCAUUCCUUCGUUUGUCAAAAAUGUUGUCGAAGUUGUUCAAUACUAUAGUUUAAUAGUUCCCUUUUAUUAUUAUAUGAAACAAAUGUCGAUGUUUAUUCAUGCUGCCUUCUUCUUUUCUGUAAUAUUUGUUUUUCCUACAUCUUCUUUAUAAUUCUGUAAGUUUUUGAGAAAAUAAACAUUCUUCAUAUCUUUAAUUGUAAUCUGAAUGGAUAUAAAUGAUAGUGGAGAGUCAGAUGAAAAUCGUUUAAAAUAGUAUAACAAUUCUACUAGUUUCGAUUUAAUUGAUUCCCUAUCUGAUAGAUUAUAUUAUAUAAUUCUUCCUACAUUCAACUGUAAUCACUUAAUUAUCCUUCGUUUAAAAUUUUCCUUAAACAGAUUACUAAUUUUCUACUAAGAAUUUUUUUUGUUACAAUAAUUAAUAUUUGAAAAAUAAAUAAAAAAAUUUCACUCCAUUAUUUUGCUAAAACACCGUAAACUAGUUUCUUAACUGAAUUGGUCUUGCUGUUUCAAAUGUACUUUACUUUUCUUGAGCUUAUACUUGAAGAUGGUGAUGACUACCCUCAUUUGCUAUUGGAUGAGAAACAUAAGGAAGAAAAAAAUCUAUGAAAAACUAAUUUUUAAAACAUUAAACGUAAAAACAACAGUUUGAAACAUUCUGAAACUAUCGGACUUGUUCUGUUUAUUUCCACAAUUAAAUGAUGUUAUGUAACGAUUAGACUAAUGAAGCAAACACAAUUCUUUUUUAAAAAACAAUGUAAUGUUUGUUUUUCAUUUCUGUAACGUUUAUUGAGCUCCAAAUCGUCUUCAUCAUUAUUGUCAGCUGCAGCAGUAUCACCAUGAGCAUGGCUAGUUUUUUCAUACUUUCACGAAAAGUACAUUUGGCAUUAUUGUUAGAUAUCAUGUGUUUCAUAUUUCUUUUUUGAUUAUACAUAUUUACGUAUGGUGUGUUUGACGCGGUUCACAUUUUUACCUGAAAUCAAUAGUAGUAAAUUUCAUCUUACGUAAAUGGGAAAACAUGAAAUGUGUUGAUUUAUAUGAUAACAAAAUAUCGUCUAUAAAAUACAACUUAUUGCAUUUUGGUUUAA